GAAGAUGCGCGUCACGGCCUGCGCGUCCAAAGGCUUCGGCUCAUCUAGCACUCCCGCACAGGACCCGGGCUCGUCUAACCCCCGACGGCAAGCGCGCCAUGACCAAGGCUCCCUUCUCCGUGGAGUGGCUGUCCCAGAGCAGCCAAGCCACCAACCACGCCCGGAGCAGGGAAGGAGCCAGCCCAACAGCGUCUUCGACCUUCCCCGACGGCAUCCGGACCCAGCAGAACGAGCCUCCGUCUAACUGCCGGUCUGCCGGGAGAGAACGAAGGCCGGUCGGGGAAAAAGUCGACCCCAGGGGCCACGAACCGCCUUCUGAACAUUUCCCUUCGCUCCAGAAGAAAGUGGAUUCCUCCUCGACGUCAGCAGAGGCGUCUGAGGCUCCCAAGCGGACGUGGAGUGCAACGGAGGCCAGCUCGGACGGCGAAGGGAGCCUCUCGGAGGGCCAGACCCCAGAAGAGGGCAGCGGUAGUAGAAGCACCAACAGCCGCCGCUUGCGCACCGCUUUCAGCGUGGAGCAGAUCAGCACCUUGGAGAACUCCUUUAAGCGUCACAGGUACUUGGGCGCCGCAGAGAGACGCAAACUGGCCAGUAAGAUGCAACUCUCCGAAGUGCAGAUCAAGACUUGGUUCCAGAACCGACGGAUGAAACUGAAGCGUCAGUUGCAGGAGAUAAGACCCGAACCUUUUCAUGCAGUGCCAUUUUACAGCCCCCUCCCUUUUGGACCUCAGAGUGGGCCUGUGUCCUAUGUUUACUCUCCACACCAGCAUACUUUCACUGGGAGGGAAGCUGUUCCUUCUGGCAUCCCCUUCCCUCCAAUGCCAGCUCCAACUCUGGAUCCCAGAACCAACUCUGGAGGGCAACCUGGUGCUCUCUGGCCAAUGCCCAUGCCCUACUUUAUAGGAUGCCAGGACCCUAGAACUGUCUUCCUGCCCCUCUGAGUCAAUCGUCAGGGAUGCUGCUGACCCACAGAAGGAUUUGCACUAAAGCCUGCUCUUCCAGAGCUAUAUUUAUAGCUACCGAGAUCCCUGGAUACAUAGGCUUUGAAUAUAUUUUGCACAGAGAUAUAAAUGGGUGAGUGGGAAAGUGGGGUGAAAAUAAAUAACUACAAUGUGGUUUUUUUAAAAAAGCUAAUUCAUUCAGCAAGACCUUACUGGGUUUUGACAUUUAACGAGGGCUUGACACAGACCAGCUUCAAGCUGCCCCUUAAAUUUAGGUCAUGUCAUUGGGCAGAACAGCAACAUCUGGAGAAGCCUGAUAUAAAAUUAGACAAGAGCCCAUCUCCUGUGAUCGAUUUAGCAUGAUCAGCUUAUGCUUGAUUUAGGGCUUGAUAGUGUGUUGUUCGGAGAGUUGUGCAAUAAUAGCAUCAGAGAGAUGUUAAACACUGUGAUUAACUUACUUCUUUGUAAGGGUGACCCUGAGAACAUUGAUGUGCCAUAAAAUUCUGGUGUUCAUUCACAACCCACUGAUAAAGUUGUCUGUGUUUGCAGUGCAAUAUAUUGUACUUUAUCAAUAUAUUGCUCUUUAUGAUAAGAUGUAAGCCAUAAGCUAAUUCAAAAUGCUUUCUGCAUUAAUAGGUAUGUUUUUAGCCGGGGUUGGGUGGGGAUUGGACUUUUUUUCCAAUAUCAAAUACAGAAAAUAACUGGAACCAUUAAUUUUGGUAAAGAUGUAUGCAUGUGCAGAAUUAAUCAGAUAUAUACUAUUAGUAUAUAGAGCCCUUAACAGCCUGGAACCACUUUAUUCUUUACCUAGAAUUUUAAUUUUGUUGGGUAAACCACUUAGAGGUUUUAUUACAGUCAAGCAGUGCAUUUCGUUUUUUCAAAAGCAGCUAUAUAAUUUUAACAUUUGUCUAGUGCUUUCAGAUAUUCACAUGCAUUACCUAGUUGAAAUGCUAACAACAAUCCUGUAAACAAGAUCCAUGGGCAAAAUGUGCCUCCAGACCUCUCUGGCACUUGGGACUUUCCCCCAGGCCUCAACCCAUCCCUAGUCACACAUCCUCUCCCCAGGCAUGUUUGGCACAUUCCUUUGCUGUUUUUGCCUGGCUGGAAUGUGUCUAUGAACUCUGAUCAUGUUUUUUGCUUCCUUGGAUGGAGGAAAGAGGUUUCUCUGUGUGUAUGUGUAGAAACUAGCCUAAUGUACAAGGGUAACAUUCACUUGUUCCUCUGCCUAUGUGUUCCUCUGGCUCUGCUCCCCAUGGUCAUGGGGCCUCCAGAAAGGCUGAAAAGGAGUCCCCAGUCCAGGUUAUUGUUCCCCAUAUAGCAGAUGAAGACUGAGGGAACUUGCCACAUGCAUUUUUAUAAAAUCCUUAUGAUACAGUGGUACCUCGGGUUACAGACGCUUCAGGUUACAGA